UUUCUAGGGCGACGAAAGGCCAUUUUCUUUGGAUAUUGAAGUCUACAGAUCACGGAUUCGGCCUGAGGCUAUUCUCCAACGAUGAUUGAGUCCAUUAAGCACCGAUUUGGGGGGAUUUGUUCCGGGUCUAUUUUUGGCAGAUUCCAAAGGGGUACCAUCACAGAUUUCAGGCGAUUUAUCCGAAAUGCCAUUUUCUUUCGAUUCUGGAGGCUACAGAUCACGGAAUCAGGACGAGGCUAUUCUCCACCGAUAAUGAAGUCUAUUGAUCCUAUUCACCACGGAUGAUAAGUGCGUUAACCAUCGAUUUGGGCCAAUUUAUUUUCGGAUGGCAUUUUCGUAAUUUCUUGGGCGACGAAAGGCCAUUUUCUUUGUAUAUUGAAGGCUACAGAUCACGGAUACGACCUGGGGCUAUUCUCCAACAAUGAUUGAGUCCAUUAAGCACCGAUUUGGGGGGAUUUGUUCUGGGUCUAUUUUUGACAGAUUCACAGCGGUACCAUCACAGAUUUCGGGCGAUUUAUCCGAAAUUCCAUUUUCUUUCGAUUCUGGAGGCUACAGAUCACGGAAUCAGGCCGUGGCUAUUCUCCACCGAUAAUGAAGUCUAUUGAUCCUAUUCUCCACGGAUGAUAAGUCCGUUAAGCAUCGAUUUGGGCCAAUUUAUUUUCGGAUGGCAUUUUCGUAAUUUCUUGGGCGACGAAAGGCCAUUUUUUUGGAUAUUGAAGGCUACAGAUCACGAAUUCGGCCUGAGGCUAUUCACCAACAAUGAUUGAGUCCAUUAAGCACCGAUUUGGGCGGAUUUAUUCCGGGUCAAUUUUUGGCAGAUUCCAAAGGGGUACCAUCAAAGAUUUCGGGCGAUUUAUUCGAAAUGCCAUUUUCUUUCGAUUCUAGAGGCUACAGAUCAUAGAAUCAGGCCAAGGCUAUUCACCACCGAUAGUGAAGUCUAUUGAUCCUAUUCACCACGGAUGAUAAGUGCGUUAAGCAUCGAUUUGGGCCAAUUUAUUUUCGGAUGGCAUUUUCGUAAUUUCUUGGGCGUUGAAAGGCCAUUUUCUUUGGAUAUUGAAGGCUACAGAUCACGGAUUCGGCCUGAGGCUAUUCUCCAACAAUGAUUGAGUCCAUUAAGCACCGAUUUGGGCGGAUUUUUUCCUGGUCAAUUUUUGGCAGAUUCCAAAGGGGUACCAUCACAGAUUUCGGGCGAUUUAUCCGAAAUACCAUUUUCUUUCGAUUCUGGAGGCUAUAGAUCACAGAAUAAGGAAGAGGCUAUUCUUCACCGAUAAUGAAGUCUAUUGAUCAUAUUCUCCACGGAUGAUAAGUCCGUGAAGCAUCGAUUUGGGCCAAUUUAUUUUCGGAUGGCAUUUUCGUAAUUUCUUGGGCGACGAAAGGCCAUUUUUUUGGAUAUUGAAGGCUACAGAUCACGAAUUCGGCCUGAGGCUAUUCACCAACAAUGAUUGAGUCCAUUAAGCACCGAUUUGGGCGGAUUUAUUCCGGGUCAAUUUUUGGCAGAUUCCAAAGGGGUACCAUCAAAGAUUUCGGGCGAUUUAUUCGAAAUGCCAUUUUCUUUCGAUUCUGGAGGCUACAGAUCACGGAAUCAGGCCGUGGCUAUUCUCCACCGAUAAUGAAGUCUAUUGAUCCUAUUCUCCACGGAUGAUAAGUCCGUGAAGCAUCGAUUUGGGCCUGGUUAUUUUCGGAUGGCAUUUUUGUAAUGUCUUGGGCGACGAAAGACCAUUUUCUUUGGAUAUAAAAGGCUACAGAUCACGGAUUCGGCCUGAGGCAAUUCUCCAACGAUGAUUGAGUCCAUUAAGCAACGAUUUGGUCGGAUUUAUUACGGGUCAAUUUUUGCCAGAUUCCAAAGUGGUACCAUCACAGAUUUCGGGCGAUUUAUUCGAAAUGCCAUUUUCUUUCGAUUCUGGAGGCUACAGAUCACGGAAUCAGGCCGAGGCUAUUCUCCAGCGAUAAUGAAGUCUAUUGAUCCUAUACUCCACGGAUGAUAAGUCCGUUAAGCAUUGAUUUGGGCCAAUAUAUUUUCAGAUGGCAUUUUCGUAAUUUCUAGGGCGACGAAAGGCCAUUUUCUUUGGAUAUUGAAGUCUACAGAUCACGGAUUCGGCCUGAGGCUAUUCUCCAACGAUGAUUGAGUCCAUUAAGCACCGAUUUGGGGGGAUUUGUUCCGGGUCUAUUUUUGGCAGAUUCCAAAGGGGUACCAUCACAGAUUUCGGGCGAUUUAUCCGAAAUGCCAUUUUCUUUCGAUUCUGGAGGCUACAGAUCACGGAAUCAGGACGAGGCUAUUCUCCACCGAUAAUGAAGUCUAUUGAUCCUAUUCACCACGGAUGAUAAGUGCGUUAACCAUCGAUUUGGGCCAAUUUAUUUUCGGAUGGCAUUUUCGUAAUUUCUAGGGCGACGAAAGGCCAUUUUCUUUGGAUAUUGAAGUCUACAGAUCACGGAUUCGGCCUGAGGCUAUUCUCCAACGAUGAUUGAGUCCAUUAAGCACCGAUUUGGGGGGAUUUGUUCCGGGUCUAUUUUUGGCAGAUUCCAAAGGGGUACCAUCACAGAUUUCAGGCGAUUUAUCCGAAAUGCCAUUUUCUUUCGAUUCUGGAGGCUACAGAUCACGGAAUCAGGACGAGGCUAUUCUCCACCGAUAAUGAAGUCUAUUGAUCCUAUUCACCACGGAUGAUAAGUGCGUUAACCAUCGAUUUGGGCCAAUUUAUUUUCGGAUGGCAUUUUCGUAAUUUCUUGGGCGACGAAAGGCCAUUUUCUUUGUAUAUUGAAGGCUACAGAUCACGGAUACGACCUGGGGCUAUUCUCCAACAAUGAUUGAGUCCAUUAAGCACCGAUUUGGGGGGAUUUGUUCUGGGUCUAUUUUUGACAGAUUCACAGCGGUACCAUCACAGAUUUCGGGCGAUUUAUCCGAAAUUCCAUUUUCUUUCGAUUCUGGAGGCUACAGAUCACGGAAUCAGGCCGUGGCUAUUCUCCACCGAUAAUGAAGUCUAUUGAUCCUAUUCUCCACGGAUGAUAAGUCCGUUAAGCAUCGAUUUGGGCCAAUUUAUUUUCGGAUGGCAUUUUCGUAAUUUCUUGGGCGACGAAAGGCCAUUUUUUUGGAUAUUGAAGGCUACAGAUCACGAAUUCGGCCUGAGGCUAUUCACCAACAAUGAUUGAGUCCAUUAAGCACCGAUUUGGGCGGAUUUAUUCCGGGUCAAUUUUUGGCAGAUUCCAAAGGGGUACCAUCAAAGAUUUCGGGCGAUUUAUUCGAAAUGCCAUUUUCUUUCGAUUCUAGAGGCUACAGAUCAUAGAAUCAGGCCAAGGCUAUUCACCACCGAUAGUGAAGUCUAUUGAUCCUAUUCACCACGGAUGAUAAGUGCGUUAAGCAUCGAUUUGGGCCAAUUUAUUUUCGGAUGGCAUUUUCGUAAUUUCUUGGGCGUUGAAAGGCCAUUUUCUUUGGAUAUUGAAGGCUACAGAUCACGGAUUCGGCCUGAGGCUAUUCUCCAACAAUGAUUGAGUCCAUUAAGCACCGAUUUGGGCGGAUUUUUUCCUGGUCAAUUUUUGGCAGAUUCCAAAGGGGUACCAUCACAGAUUUUGGGCGAUUUAUCCGAAAUACCAUUUUCUUUCGAUUCUGGAGGCUAUAGAUCACAGAAUAAGGAAGAGGCUAUUCUUCACCGAUAAUGAAGUCUAUUGAUCAUA